UGAGGGGUUUAUUGGAAAAACUAAGAUGAUCGGACUUUUGCCAAAACUACACGGAGGGAUAUUGUAACCGGACAAGAUUAACCCGGAAAUGGUUCAGGGUGAAAAUGUGUACAUCACAAAUCUAAACAACACGAGCUUCACAAUCUACAUAGAUUGUUACAUCGAUUCAUACAUAGAUAUUUACAGAAAUAACUGAAGCUGGAAUACAACGUGGUUCUCUUGUUAAUGCACGGGGGUGUUAUUCCUACACACUAACUGUUAGACAGGGCAGGGUACAGAAAAUAGGAUAAAAUCGAGCCAUAAUGGCACUUAUAAAAAGUGAAGAUUUACCUGGAGCAGUAGAGUCUUUUUCUGAUCCUGAGCAAAGCCAAAUGUCUGGUGCCAGGGCUUUAACUCAGGAGGAACUGCUCAGACUCAGCGGUGACCGAACUGUUGUGUCCGCCUUUAAACAGAUGAAGCUGGAGAAAGAAGCUCAGAAAAACUGGGACCUAUUUUAUAAAAGAAACACCACAAAUUUCUUCAAAGACAGACAUUGGACGACAAGAGAAUUCGAGGAGCUCAAAACACAGAGAGAGUUCGAGUCCCAGAAACUGGUACUGCUGGAGGCUGGCUGUGGUGUAGGAAACUGCAUCUUCCCUCUUCUGGAGGAUGACCCCAAUAUUUUCAUUUACGCCUGUGACUUCUCCCCACGUGCUGUUGAAUUUGUGAAACAAAAUCCUCUGUACUCCUCUGAACGCUGCUGUGCCUUCCAGUGUGAUUUGACUAAAGAUGAUCUGAAGGAUCAUGUGUCGGAGGACAGCGUGGACGUCAUCACUCUCAUUUUUGUUCUAUCUGCCAUCCAUCCUGAUAAGAUGAAGCAGGCGCUGCAUAACAUUAGCACGGUAAGACUGCAUCCAAAUGAACAGGUGCUGAAGCCCGGAGGCAUAGUUCUGUUCAGGGAUUAUGGGCUGUAUGACCAUGCCAUGCUGCGAUUUAAACCAGGAAGCAAGUUGGAUGAGAACUUCUAUGUCCGCCAAGACGGUACCAGGUCCUACUUCUUUUCCAAAGAGUUCCUGGCUGAGCUGUUUGAGACUACAGGCUUCAAGUCCAUCACUAAUGAAUAUGUCCUGAGAGAGACGGUGAACAAGAAGGAGGGGCUGUGUGUUCCCAGGGUUUUCCUGCAGAGCAAAUUCAUGAAGAUCAGCCAAUGAAAAAAAUGUCUGGGGUUCUUUAGAGUUUCUUUUUUCUCUCUCACCCCAAAAAAAACCAUAAUGUAAAUGUGGGGAUAUCUAUGACUUUGAAGUACAAAGAAAACAUGUUUGUCAGAAAAAAGAGCUUAAGGAAGCAGUUUUGUCUGCUGUAAUAUUUACUCUGGUACAUCAUGGGUUUUUACGACAUUCAUUUGAGGUUUGGGCUCUUAACUCAAACAAAAAAAGCAAAAAUGACUCGAAAUGUUUCAAAGUGUCCAAAAAUGAUCAAAAGUCUUUUAAUGAUUUAACAGAAGAAACAACAGAGUAAACUCAUACAUCAUUGAGUGAAUUACUGCCUUAUCAUUAUUAUCAUUACGUUUUUUAUAUUUCUAAUUAAUCCAACAUCUGCCGUCAGGUGUUUAUUUUAUAACUGUUAAACAGUUGACUGCUUCUUGUUUGGUGCUGGAGAGCUUUCCUACUGGUUGUUGAAAAUGUUCACAUGGCUAAAGACAUGAUAAUAAACAGGUUGGAUUUUUUGAUCCUUUCAUGUAUUGUCAUGUUUAAGUAUCUAUGCAUGUCACUUAAAUCAUUCAGAAAUUAAUUAGUAAUUAUUCAUUAUUAAUCAUUCCAGUUUUACACUCUCACAAUUGUCUAGAUUUGAUAACUUCCCCCUUUUAAGAUGAUGGAAUUUAUUCUCACCUAAACAUGAACAUCCUUCCCUUGUUAAACGAAAAUGUAUAAAACCCUGAAA